AUGAGCUCUCUUUGUUUAUUGCAGCUCUCAGCAUUAGAGAGGCAGAUCUUUGAUUUCCUUGGCUUCCAGUGGGCACCAAUUCUUGGAAAUUUUCUACAUAUAAUAGUUGUCAUACUGGGUUUGUUUGGAACCAUUCAGUACAGACCUCGAUACAUCAUGGUGUAUACAGUAUGGACUGCCCUAUGGGUCACCUGGAAUGUGUUCAUUAUCUGCUUUUACUUGGAAGUGGGUGGCCUCUCUAAGGAUACAGAUCUAAUGACAUUCAACAUCUCCGUACAUCGGUCAUGGUGGAGGGAACAUGGGCCUGGCUGCGUCCGAAAAGUGCUGCCUCCUGCAGCUCAUGGCAUGAUGGACGAUUACACCUACGUCUCCGUCACAGACUGUCUCGUCGACUUCCAGUACCUGGAGGUCAUCCACAGUGCUGUGCAAAUACUGCUCUCUUUGAUUGGGUUUGUGUAUGCCUGUUAUGUGAUCAGUAUUUCCAUGGAAGAAGAAGACACCUUUGAUUUCAUAGGUGGACUUGACACACACUCCUACUACCAGGAUCAUGUUGAGUUAAAGCCUGUUAAACCUGUGGAAAUU